AUGGCUCAGGUGGUACUCGACAGCGACGGGCUUCCUACCCUCUCCUUUCCCACCGCCGACCCCUGCACCGCAGCAGCCGCGGCUAGUGCCGCAGCAGCAGAGGUGAAGACGGGCACGACUAUCGUGGCUUGCUGUUACUCUGAUGGCGUGGUGCUGGGCGCGGACACACGCACAUCAGCUGGCUCUUACGUAGUGAACAGAGCUGCGCGGAAGAUAACGAAACUGGCGGAUAGGAUCUGCGUGUGCCGCAGUGGAAGUGCUGCUGAUACCCAGACGCUGGCGCAGAUAGUGCGGCUGCACCUGGAGCUGUACACGCAGCAGCUGCCUCCCCAGUUCAACAGGGAGGCCCAGGUGCGCGUUGCUGCCCACCUGCUGCAGAGGCUCGCCUACGAGUACAAGGACAUGCUGACGGCCGGCCUUAUAGUGGGUGGCUGGGACAGCCAGCGGGGUCCCCAGGUAUACUCAGUGCCCUUGGGCGGCUGCUGCGUCCCUGUGCCAUACACGGCGGGGGGCUCGGGCUCUAUGUUCAUUACGGCCUACCUCGAUGAGCACUACCGGCCCGAUAUGACGAAGGAGGAGACGGUCAAUUUAGUGAAGAGGGCAGUCUCACACGCAAUUCACAGAGAUGGCAGCUCAGGGGGAAUGAUAAGGCUCGUGACCAUCAGCAAGGAUGAGAUGGAGGAGAUGUGUGUAGAAGGAAACAGACUACCUGGUGACUGGGGAGGUGACGCGCAUGCAGCUGCAGCAGCUGCUGAAGCAGCAGCGAUUGUUGGCGCUUGCAAGGAACCAGCAACAAAGAAGCGGCGGGGCUGCAGCAGUUCUGACGAGGGGUAG